AUGGGACUGCUCGACUUGCUGCGUGCAAAGCGGAGGAAGAGCCGGGUCUCGCUGGGGGAGAAGACGGCACCGACGAGAUUGCUCAGGUUGCACAGAACGCGAUCCCUGUCGCAGCCAACCCUGCCGGCCGAGAUUGUCCUCUACAUCUUCCACCUCGCCUUUGUCGACAAUCCCGCGUCGGCAUGCACCCUCGCCCUCCUCUGCUCCGAGACGCGCGAUCGCGUUUGUACGGCACUCUACACUGCACCGACGCUCCGCUCGACGACCCAGAUCAAUGCCUUUAUCCGAACGGUGAAGCGUAACCCGCGGCUCGCCGGGAUGGUCCAGCGCGUCAGGCUUGACGGCUGCGCGAGUCGCAAGAGCCUCGCCAAGGGCAUUGCGCCUGGACCGGAUCCGCAAGAGAUCGGCCGGAGGAACCCGUUGACGACGAGGUUGUCGACUCUCCUCGAGUUGUGCCCGAACGUCGUCGAGCUCUGCCUCGUCCGGACGGUAGUCUUCUCCCUCCUCGACUUUGACAACGCCUACAAUGUCCGCCACCUCACCCUCUCGUCGUGCGUCCUCUCCGACCGGACGACGACGUCCCGCUAUCACCCGUUCUUCACCGUCAUACCCGCCCUCGAGAGCCUCACCAUCCGCAACACUCAGUUCGACACUUCGACAGCCGCACACUUCCUCUCGCCUCGCACGCUGCCGAAGCUCUCAAUCCUCUCGCUCAACGGAUGCAGCCUCAUCGACGAGCCUGGCUCGUUGAACGACCUUGGGCCGUACGAGCCGGUCGAUCUUGCGCCAAACCUCGAGUCCCUCGAGUUACUCAGUAUGCCAAACCAACGCGGCGAUGAGAACGCUGUGGACCCGCUCGACCUCGUAGCCAAGUGCCCGUCCUUGCGGAACCUCACCUUGCCCGUCUCGUCCCUGUCGCCACAGGUACUCGACAGCCUGCCAGUGCAGCACCUGACGCACUUGACGGUCCUUCCGCCCGCUCAAGGCACGGCAGACGUUUUCGAGCCACAUCUCGCCGCCGCCCGCGCGCUCUCUACCUCUUUCCUUGCGCUCGCCUCGAGUUCAGCCAGUGCCUCCGCCUCGCCCGCCUACACUCCCUUCCGUUCUCGCACGCCCAUCUCAGCUUCGCCGUCGACGCCUCCUACACCGCUCGCCUUGACGCCCUUUCCCUCUCCCGGUCUCGCCUCUCCCCUCUCCUCGCCCUUUGGUACCGACUCUCCCCUCCCUCUCUCGCAAUUGCUCGUCCUCACCCUCCCGCAAAGCUGGGACCUCGAUACUCUCACCUCGUGGAAAACGAACGGUGAAUUUGCGUGGGCCGUCGGGCGGAUCAGGCGCGAGUGUGAGAGGCGUGGAGUGGAGGUCCGGUGGGUUCAGGACGGGGGUCAGGGGAGGAAGGCGAUGGACUGGACGGGGGAGAAGGAGAGGCUGCAGGAGCAGAUGGAACGGGUGAGGAGGGACGUCGAGAGGGUGCAGAGGGGGUGA